AGCGCCGCUCUGUCGUUAUCAGCUCAAACAAACAAACUAGCAACAGUAGAAUGGUAGUCCGACUGUGCAUCGAAGACAGUCAUGUAAAGAAAAAAACAUUCCAAACUACUUGCUGGUGUUUCGAGCGUUUUCACGAAUCGACUGAAUUAAACCUCACUGAGGUUAGAGGUGGACUUUGCAGCGUUACCACCGAUUAAGAAGCUCGUGACGGUUAGCUAACGAGCACGUAUGGUCACAAGAUGAACUUCUCUGACGUCUUCAAGCAGUCCAACCAACUCUGUAAAGUUUCUCCAGAUGGGAAAUAUUUGGCCACCUGUGUGCAGUACAGGCUGGUGGUGCGAGAUGUGAGCACCCUGCAGAUCCUGCAGCUCUACACCUGCCUGGACCAGGUAUCGCACAUGGAGUGGUCUUCAGACUCUCUAUUUAUCCUCUGUGCCAUGUACAAGAGAGGACUGGUACAGGUGUGGUCUCUUGAGCAGCCUGACUGGCACUGUAAGAUUGAUGAGGGCUCAAUCGGACUAGUCUCCUCGCGAUGGAGUCCAGACGGACGUCACAUUCUCAACACCACUGAGUUCCAUCUGAGGAUCACCGUCUGGUCCCUGUGCACCAAAGCUGUGUCUUACAUCAAGUAUCCCAAAGCGUGUCAGAAGGGUAUAGAUUUUAGUAGAGAUGGCUCCUAUAUGGCCUUGGCUGAAAGACGUGACUGCAAAGAUUAUGUUAGUGUUUUUGUGUGUGACGACUGGCAUUUACUCAGGCAUUUUGAGACUGAGACACAGGACCUGGCAGGGUUGGAGUGGUCUCCCAAUGGCUGUGUGCUGGCAGUAUGGGACAGCUGUCUGGAGUACAAAGUGUUGCUGUAUUCUCUGGAUGGUCGAUUACAGUCGAUUUACAGCGCCUACGAGUGGUCACUGGGUGUCAAGUCUGUGACCUGGAGCCCCAGCAGUCAGUUUCUGGCCAUCGGCAGUUAUGAUGAAAAAGUGCGCAUCCUCAAUCACAUCACCUGGACAAAAAUCACACAGUUUGACCACCCUUCAACCAUCAACAGUACCAAAGCUGUUGUGUAUAAGGAAGUGGAGAAAAGGCCAGCUGCUGGCAGUGAAGACCUGUCGAUACACAACAUUACAAUUGGCACCACCCUCUUUAACACCCAGAGCAAAUAUGAUAUCUGCUCACUGCCAGUCCAAAUUCCUGUGGUCAAACCAGACCCAGAUCGAGCUAACCCGAAGAUCGGUGUCUCUACUUUGGCAUUCAGCUCAGACAGUCGCUAUCUAGCAACCAAAAACGACAAUAUGGCCAGUGUUGUCUGGGUGUGGGACAUGCAGAAGAUGAGCCUGGUGGCUGUUCUGCAGCAAAUAUCAGCUGUUCGCUGCUUUCAGUGGGACCCCCGACGCCCCAGACUGGCACUGUGUACUGGCAACGCCAAGCUCUAUCUCUGGUCACCUCCAGGCUGCGUUUCUGUCCCCGUUCCCUCUGAAGGUGGCUUCCAGGUCCAGUCACUAAGCUGGCACUGCAGUGGAGACUCUCUGAUCCUGCUUGGAAAGGAGCAGCUGUGUUUCUGCUACAUGGACACUGACCAAGAGAACAAGUAAAGCACACUGAAAUACAGCUAUAAAAGUAACAGUUCAGGCUUUCGUAGUUACAAGCACUUGACUGAAAAUGUUUUGCUGUGACGAUCAAAAGACUGGCAUGAACACUCCUCACAACUUUGCCCUUUCAACUGUAGCCAUUAGUAAGCCUUUACCAAGAUUAUAUGGGCCUCAGUGCAGGUUACUGAAAUUUCUUGGUGAGUUGAAAAUGUUAUGGAUAAAAAAUAUUUUUUAUAUAAUACAUUUGUACUGAAGCACUAGAUCUACCACUGUGAGAAGAUGCUUGUUUUAUAGCUAUUCAUUGUACUUUCUUUCAUAAAAUCUGCAACUAUUUUUGAAUAAAUUGUCAUGAAUAAUGUGGUUAAA